UGGCGGGCGCAGUAAAUGGUUAAAGUGAAAGUAGAUGUCGCCGCCAUUUUGAGUGAACCAGUACUUAGUGUCUAUAGGGAAGAUCUAAAGAACGCUUUCACAGUGGGGAUCGAACCCGUGACCUCCUGGUUGCUAGGCGGACACCAUAUCCUUUACGCCACAGCUACCUCAGGGUUUGGGGUAACGGUACAGUUUGUCAAGACACCAAACGCAAAGCCUAUCCCAAGGCGAUGCCCCAUUUGCGUGGUAAAAGGCAACACGACUGUGUACCUCCGGGUAACAGACCACGUUCGCUGGGUGCAAGCGCUGACGGCAGACCCCAUGAAGCCGUUGAUGUCAGAGGCACGUGCUAAGACCGGUCGGAAAGUGAAGAAGACAAAGCCGAGGAAUUACUACUCUUGCUGGCUGUGCGACCGGUCGGUGAUUGACCGGCUGCGUCAUCUAGAACAGGAGCACAAAAUGGAGGCUGGGACAUUCAAUUUUGUUUACACAAGAGGGCCGUUUCCGGAAAGACGCGAAAACUUCAGGAAAGGUGACCAGCAGACUCGCCACUCAUGAUGACUCGGCAUAGGAGGAUGAGAAGGUGGAGGAUGAGGAGGAGGAGGAAGAGGACUUUUCAUUCCUAAUGCCGAAAUACUGCCUGAGCCUGGAACCCAAUGCAAGGGUGAUGCAUGGUCGGAGAAGCUGCAAUUUCAAUCGUUGACUCAUAUGUAGACUACAUGUUCCUGCGGAGCAGGCCAGGUGGGUUGGCAAACGAGUCGAAAACACAAGAGGUCAACAUGAAGAUUAACCGGUUCCUGGCCCUGUCUGGCUACUUGGAAGGAGUGGUGUUGAGUGACAUGCUGUUGUGGAUGGGCCAUAUGGAGGUCCACGACAGUUCCUCAACACCACUCACCAGCUGAAGACGGUGCGGAAUGCACUAACGGCAAUCAAGAACUUCCUGAAGUGGUGCGAGGGAAUGGUCUAGCGGACGCCCGCACAUUGAACAAUGCUUCCUGACCUCAACCUGCCUGGAUAAGAGCCGUCGCGAGGUUGUUCGGAGGGUAGAGGAGAGUGCGGCCAUCCUGACGGACGCAAACCUGGA